ACGAAUGGGCCCACUUAUAAUUUUUGCAUAGGGGCCCAAAAAUCCUAGCUACUCCACUGACUGAACUUUGUCAUUGAAGUGCAUGUGUAGCUUGAAAUGUGUGUUUGUUAAAAUUGUACAGUUGAUACCCAAUAUAUCCAGCCUUUUUCUUCUUCAUUCAGCUGCUUUUCUUUCUGGAUUUCUUUUCUUAUCCUUUGUCAAUCCAAGAACAAGUGUUGUAUCCCCAACAUAGGUUACUAUCCCCAACUAUUGAGCCUCAUCUACACGAGAGAUUGAACUCAGGACUUCUCGGUUUAGCAACCACGAACUUUACAAGCUCUUGAUUUUGAUCUGAAGGAAAUACAAUGAGGCCUCAAUUUCGUAGCAACCGUUUCAAAGGUGAGCAUUUACGAACAAACCUAUUCAGCAACAAAUCCAAAAACAUCUGCCAACGGAAAACUCAGAACACAAACCAAAUAAGUUUUUGCAAAAAGAAUUGCAGAAAUAAUCAUAGAGGUUUUAUUCCUAUAAGGGAAUUCGCAAUUGAUCAUUUACCACCUAGGUAUCAAAACAAAGCAGUUUAUCGCAACAUCAGACGCCUGGCAAACUUAACUACAAGAAUCGUAGUCAACGAAUUUAGAAAUUCGAAAAGGCUAGGGACAGGUACAGUGACUGGUGUGCGAUUUGUCUACGACUGGAAAGACGAUAUAAAAUUCGCGUGGGUUGAGAUCACAACAGCAUACCACGUUGUUCCCAGUCAGAGGAGUGCUCUUCAUACAAGGGCCGAGUUAUUUUAUGAUGAUAAUCUUUCCAGGCGAAAUGUUGAAUACUUGAAUGGCAGUCAUAUUGUCUCUAGCAAUCCUGAAGAGGACUGGUGUAUCCUUGCAACGUAUACGACGGAUCCAAGGCUAGCUUUUGAACUCGCAGAACAGCUAAAAGAAUUUGAAAAGCAAAGCAGAAGAGUAAACCGAAUGUUCUCUGGAAUGUCAGAUCUUGCGAUCAUAGUGUCACAUCCUCACGGAGGGCCCAAGCACGUUUCUAUCGGGAAGCUAUCACUUGAAGAACCGGAGAAAAUUGUGUUCAUAGGCAACGGUUUUGCAAUCACUGCUGUUGUUAAUGGUGACACUACGGUUUAUACACUACAUUUUAAAUUAAAAGAUAUUGUGAGAGGAAAAUAUGCUGAAGAGGUCGGGAUUGAAUGUGAAAUUUGGUUUCCUGACGAAACAACAUCUUUAUACCCCCUGUGGCAGAUGGACCGCUUGGUUCGACAUACAAAACAUGAACUCUUCAUGCAAGGAGGAUUACGGAAUUUUCGAGAAGACGAUAUGUACAUGGAGCUUGAGUUACCUGAGGGUCAGCGGCAAGUGAUGGACGACACCAAAUCUCUGGACUACUACAAGGAUGACUUAUCCCAGGCUUUCAGAAUCUUCCUCAAACAGAAACCGCUGGAUUUCGGUAAUAGCGUAGCUUUCAAGACAAACAGAGCUUCACCAGUUUGCUAGCUAGAAGCGUAAUUUGAUAGGGAGAUAAUUAUAAAUGUAGAAAUAUUUCGUUUAGAAAUAUUAGCACUCGUCGUGUUUAAAAUCGUAAUAUAAAGUUUUUUUCUAACGAACAUGACUGACGUUAAGAAACGUAUUGGUGACUGAACAUAGAUCUGACUAUACAAUAAACUCAUGCCGAUAGGUCUGAAAGGGGGAACUGCCUUGCUUACUUUACAAUACAUCUUACAGAAUUGUCUAUAAUACUAUUUUUUUUGUUUUAAAUAAACAAAAAAAAAAAAAACAACAGUUUAAUAUAAAAAAUUUAAGCUUAAAUUACUAAUAAUUAAAUUUUAAUUUAUAUUUCUAUUCUUUAGAUUAAAAAAAAUAAAUAAAAGCAAACUUUUAAAGGAUACAGACAUAUAAAACAAAGACUAUUGGUUAUUAUUAGAAAAGUAAAUAUAACUAAUUUUCUUUCAUAUCCUUUGUUCUAUAACAAGAAAACUUCUCGUGUCCUAUCUUAAAUUAACAAAGAAAUGCACUUUGGUCUAAGUGUUAUUGAUUAUUUUUAUCACUCCACAUUUCCUUUUUGUGUUUCGUGUUUCAAUACAUUUUUAUAUUUCACGAAAUACUCAGGUUGCCGAUUCUUAUAAAUAGUUUUGUUACAACCAUCCAAAAAGAAAAUUCUCCACAUUGUAAUUUAAAAAAAAAAUUAUGAAGUAGACUAUUAAGCCAAACUAUCUCAAAUCCUCAUUUUUUUAAAUUUUUAAAAUAUUGUUUAGCUUUUAUGCGCUGAAUGAAGACUUGACUGUCAAUUUUGUUUUAAAUUGAAUACGUUCCAUAGCAUCAUUUUUAUAUAUAUGUAAAUCUUGCAUUGCUUGUAACAUGAAGGAUAGAAUUUAAGAGUAUACACAGCGAUAAUAUUUUGAUGUUGUUUUUUAAAGCUAAUAUUUUUUCUAACGAUGUGUUAUGAAAUGUUCCGUUUUAGCAGCUAUAUAUUAUGAUCCUAAGUGAAUCAUACCAAGAUUUUGAAAGAAUAUUUCUUUUAGCUUAUAGUAUCUUAAGUCUAAUAAUAUCACUAAUUGUAGGCUGAAGCACGUUAAACGAUAUUUACUACGUUUUUUAUAUUUGAAAUUUGUUUCAUAUUAUAUGUUUUUUUUUAAAAAUUAAGGAAUCUAGUCUGAAAAGAUGAAUUAAGUCCAAAAAAGAUUUUUGACAAAAAAGCAACAUAAUGGAACUUUAAUUUUUUUUUUAUCUAACCUGUUUAGUAGCUGAUCAAUCUUAAAAUAAUCAUCUUACUUAAACAUGUCAAAUAACUUGGUUCAAAAUUUAAUAGGCGAAAAAUCCCAAUACAUUAUUUUGAAGGGAUUGUGUGAAAAUCUUUCAAUAACGAAAAUUAAAUAAUUCUAAAAAUAAUAAGCAUGUUGAAUUUAAUUAAUUAAAUUUCUUUUACCAUUAAUAUGUUGUACAUAAUAUUGUACAUGUACUUUCAUGUUUUUCUAUAAUUGAAAUUGUAAUAUAUUAAAGAAAACUUUUGGGGAUUCAAUUGUUAAAAAAUAGGGUCUUGUCGUUGAAAAAGAGUAAUACACCAUUUGGUGGUUCCCUAGUGUCUGUAUAAUAAGUAGUGAAUGUUUUCCGUUUAGAAGCAUGCUGAUGAAGUAGAGUUUAUCUGUUUCUGUGACAACGGCUUAUUAGGGGAUAAUAUGGAAGUUCUAUGUUAAGCUACUUUCGCUUUCCCUAACGUCAGGCGGUUCAUCCUACACGCCAAGAUCCAAACUCGUGACUUUCGAGUUAGUAGUCGAGCGUUUUAUCGGCUAAACCAUCCAGUUCAUAUAAAUAAUAUGAACAAAAAUGAACAAAAGCCCCGCAUGCAUUCGUGUUAAUUAAAUAAAAGACAUGAUAAAUAAAUCUGUGUCUUUAUGAUACCCCAGACUUGCACAUAAGUGUGUCAUUUAAAACUAAUCCAUAAAAGUCUUGUAUUUUCCCGAUAUUGCGAGAAUUGUAUUUGCUUAUUCAUAUGUAUAAUUAUUCUUUUUAAAAUUAUUACAUUAAUUAGUUAAUUUUAUUUAAAAAUAUUGUAUACAUUUGUGUUGUUUGGUUUGGUGUACAGCAAAUGUAUAAAUACAAUGGAAAAAUUUAAAUA